AUGAAAUCCGUUGUAUUGGCUUGUGUGCUCGUAGCAACCGUCUUUGCAUGCCAAAAUAAGGGGCAGACUUACAAGAAUGGUGAUGAAUGGACUGACAGCAAUGCUUUCUUAAUGACUUGUAAAGUAGAAGAUAAUGGAGCAUGGAGAAUCUUAGUCAAGGCCUGUAUAACUCCUACAGGAUCGAAAGUUGGUGUGAAUCAAACUCUUGUCAUUGAUAAUGUGGAGUGGACUUGCUCUGAGGCACCCCCAGGUUCCAUCAGCUUACGUCAAAGCAUUCCAGAGAGAGCAGACUGUCAUGGAGGACAUCCAUACGGAACCACAUGGAAGAAGGAUUCCUUCACAUUCAAGUGUGAAACCAAAGGAAGAGCAGCUUUGGUUGAAUGCACCACAAGUCUCGGAAAUAUUCCUGCUAAUGCUACUAGAGAUUUUGACGGAAUAACUCUUGGAUGCUAUCAACAUCCCCAAGGAACUGUUUCUGUUGGACCUGUCAAAACCGACGGAACUUGCCGUGACAGUGAAGGCAAAAAGAGAAAAUCUGGAGAAGUUUGGAUUGAGAAGGGUCACUUCCAAAAAGUGUGCACCGAUGGAAUUCAGAAAAUCACAGGAUGCAUGGUCGAUGAGGUGCCAUCCAUCAUUCCAUUGAACGACAACGUUGUUCUUGGCGAGAAGGCUUACUUUUGCGAGGGCAAGGAUGGAGCCUACAAAUUUUACAGCAAGGAUGCUUCUACCGCUAAUCGUAAAAAUUAA